ACCGCAGUCGGUCGCGAUGCGCGCGCCGGUCGAGCACGCGGCCCGCGCCGCGCUCCUGCUGUGCACUGCCGCCCUGGUACUCUGCCAUCAGGACGACAGGGGAUACCACGCCGAGAACGGUUACCACGCUGACGACGGCUACACUCAUGAGGACGCUAUCGAUGUAUCGGAGGCGGGUGUAGUAUGCCCGACGGCACGGCUGCUGCGGUCUCGAGACUGCCACAACGGAUUCCGCUUCCAUGAGGAUAACUACCGUAGGAAGUUGCAGCCGUAUUGCGUCGAUGUGGACGAGUGUUCAGAGAACAAUGGCGGGGGCGAGCAGCAUUGUGUGAAUGACCCCGGCAGCUACCACUGCGAAUGCCCGCCACCGCUCGUUCUUGCGCCGGACGGCAAGAAAUGCAUGCGACGACUCGCGCUCGCCAUACCUGAGCCGCUACCACUAGUCCGAGCGUCAUCACGUUGCUACGCGCCGUGUGAUUCAGUGACAUUGCUGUCGCGACGUGUUCGACAACUCGGUGACCAGCUGCGAGCCACGCAGCAAGCGCUCAAGAAUUUACUAGAAAACCCCAUACUCAAGGGAGAAGAUGGCGACAGAUUUGCUGAAGGCACGUUCACUUACCGAGUCCUGGAUUCUACAGCGCCGCUAGAGGGCGGUUAUUGCCGUUGCGAGAGAGGGCCUAGGGGACCACCUGGUCCAGCGGGUAUGGAGGGACCAAAAGGAGACACGGGGCCCAGAGGCCCGCGGGGCUCACGGGGACCCAAAGGCUCCUUAGACCUGAUGCUGCUCCUCAUAGCUGACAUCAGGCACGAUAUACGUAAUCUCGAGGCUCGUGUUUACAAAGAGGGUGAACAUCCGGAGCGCUUCAACCUACAAAAGGCGUGGCGCAGACAGAGAAAGCAAGAGAAACAGGAGAGGGAGAGUGAGACGGAACAAGAGCUGGAGGCGUACACAGCGCCACCUGUGCACCAAACUGAUGAACGCGUUGAGAUAUCACCCAACGGUUUGAACGGGGCGAUCUCGCAGUCGGAGUCGACCACCGAGUGGGUAGCGGCGCGCUCCUCGCUGGCGGAGAUGGACGACAAGCUGCGUCAGUUCCACCUGCUGGCGAACACUACCAGCCCCGGGGAUGAAGACGCCGACACUGACUACGAUUAUAGCUUCUACUAGGAUUAUAUUAUUUAAAAUUUA